UCAGCCUGCGGUUACACAUCAGACUGACGGGGAGCUGCUUAAAGGACAACCAUGUCUGGGCUACGUGUGUGUGUCUCAGAUUUUGAGGAAGAAGCCAAGAGGGUUCUCCCUAAAGCCGUGUACGACUACUACCGCUCAGGAGCUGAUGGGCAGAGCACGCUGGCUGACAAUGUGGCCGCCUUUAACAGGUGGUGUCUUAUCCCCCGCGUGCUGAGGGAUGUGUCCGUGGUGGAUCUGUCCGUCUCUGUGCUGGGCCAGAAGCUUAGCAUGCCCCUCUGUGUUGGAGCCACAGCCAUGCAGAGAAUGGCUCAUCCUGCAGGAGAGACGGCUACAGCUAGAGCAUGCAAAGCCGUAGGAACGGGUAUGAUGCUGAGUUCCUGGGCCACGUCCAGCAUAGAGGAGGUGAUGUCAGCAAUGACAUCCACACCAGGCAGUGGAGGCGUCCUCUGGAUGCAGCUUUACAUCUACAAGGACCGGGAGCUCACACUGUCAUUGGUGCGCCGGGCAGAGAAGGCUGGAUACAAGGCUCUCUUUGUUACCGUGGAUACGCCUUACCUGGGGAAGAGGUUGGAUGAUGUGCGCAACCGUUUUAAAAUGCCCUCUCAUUUAAGAAUGUCAAACUUCUCCUCAGCCUUGCUGUCCUUCUCAGAGGGUGACUAUGGCAAUGACAGUGGCCUGGCUGUCUAUGUUGCUAAUGCUAUAGAACCGGCCCUCAGCUGGGACGACAUCACCUGGCUGAAGAAGCACACGCGCCUCCCUGUGAUCAUAAAAGGCGUUCUAAAUGGUCAGGAUGCUGUCCAGGCUGUGAACUACGGAGUCAGCGGCAUCCUGGUGUCCAAUCACGGAGCUCGACAACUCGAUGGUGUUCCUGCAACGCUGGAUGUGCUGGAAGAGGUGGUGAAGGCCGUACAGGGUCGCUGCGAUGUCUACAUGGAUGGAGGAGUGAGGCGAGGCACAGACGUCCUCAAGGCUUUAGCUCUGGGAGCGAAGGCAGUCUUCAUCGGUCGCCCAGUGUUGUGGGGGCUUGCCUGUCAGGGAGAAGAAGGGGUCAUUGAGCUACUGGAACUUCUAAAGGAGGAGCUCCGACUGGCUCUGGCUUUGUCAGGUUGUCGCUCUAUAUCCGAGGUGAGCAGGUCCUUGGUGAGGAGAGUGGACUUCACUUCCAGGAUGUGAGAGAAGAGGCUGCUGCAGGAACUCCAGGACAAUGCGUACUUGAUGGGCCUCCCAGCGUGUCUGAUUACCUAAUUAGUUAAUUUUUUUUGUGCCCUGAGUCGUUUGGUAAAAUAUACAAAUGAUCAAAUCAAAUGGGACUGAUUGAGGUGUGCACAUAUUAGGUCUGAUAGGUUAGUACAGCUGAUCAGUAAGGAGAAAACAUGUGGCUCUGAUGCUUCUAACAGGAAGGUGUUAGUGUUGUGUUUGUAGAGGAAGGUAGGAUGGGACAUUCCUGGUCCAACACACCUGAGUCAAAUAAUCAGGUCAUUAGGAGGACUCUGGAGAACUUGGCUGCAUGCUAAGGAGCUAAUUUAGCAUUUCAUUCAGGCGUGUUGAACCAGGGACACAUCUAAAAGCUGCAGGACACCGGACCUCGAUGCCCCUGACUGUUGUUUUUCUUCCUUCCACUACCAGUAGAGGAGAGAGCUGUGGAGUGUUUGUAACUUGCCAAUCAUCAACUGUGAAAUAAAUCAUACAACUAGAAAA